GGCGCUGCGGGAGGGCGCGUCCUCGCUCGGAUCCUGAAGCCCCUCUUCUCCCGGCCCUCAGCCCGCAGACUCCCUUGGGCCCCCCGCCUUCCUGCAGGCAGCUCUCCCAGCCCGCAGAGCCCACCCCUUCGCACUGAGACGCCUCCCUCCGCCUCGGACCCGGCCGGCCUGCCCUCCCCGUCGCAGAACCCACCGCCAGCUCUGACUCUGCUGCUUCUGACCUGGUCCCCGUCGAGUGAGCCCUUAGAUGCCCUCACCGCCCUCUUUCUGCCCCGUGGAGCUGGGCUCCGUUGGGGAUCCGGAAGCCCUGGUGGGCCGCCUGCACCGCCUGGCUAUGGCCGGGGGCCCGGGCUGGAGAUUGGCCCGGCUCCUGCGGAGAGUUGUCCAGGUGGAUGGUGAGAACUCGGCCAGACAGACGGCACUCUUCCUCUCGGCUCUGCUGGGCCACAGCUCAUCCGUGCAGCUCCUCCUGGCCUUUGGGGCCAACCCCAACCACCGCUGCCUGGAUGGCAGCACACCCGUGCAUGCGGCUGCCAUCUCGGGCCGCAGCCUGGUGAUGCGGCACCUGCUGCAGGCGGGCGGGGACCUGCGUCUGCGGGACCAGAAGGGCCGCACACCGCGGGACUGGGCUGAGCUGGGCGGUGCCAAGCAGACGUGGGAGCCCACGGGUCGCAUCCAGGUGCUGGAGCUGUUGCGGCUCUGCCACGCCCACAUGGCAGCGCUAGUGCACGGCGGAGAGUGGGCACCCACCGCACUCCUGGGCAAGUUGCAGGCCGGCUCUGGGCACAACCCGCGUGGCCCUCUGUCCUCGCUGCAGCUCGUAAAGUCCAAGAGGGCACUGAGGCCGAAGCAGAUCAGGGGGCCUCCCCCAAUCCCAGCCCUGGGGUUUGGCCAGCUGAGCAGCCUGUGGCCACUGGGGCUGGUAACGGGGAUACCCCUGGCGGACCCCAAGGAGCUUCUGCCAGCCCAGGGUGAGCCUGACCGCACCUAUGAGAGCAGCUCCCAUACCCUCCUGUCCAACCUGCUGUGGAGGGGCCACCCCGUGACCGUGCGGCAGCUGAAGGUCCCCGGGAGCCCGCCUGAUGUGCUGCUGGCUGACCUUCAGCACUGCAGCACCCUGCACCACCCCAACCUGUUGCUGCUGAUGGCCCUGAGCCCCUCGGUGGACCUGUUGGGGCUGUGCCUCCUCUUUGAGCCUGUGGGGCUGGGCUCCCUGCAUGCAGCGCUGCACCCACGGGGACCGAGUGAGGGGGCGCCCUGGGCUCUGCUGGGCCUGCCGCCUGGCCGCCUGCUGCUGCAGGUGCUGGAGGCCCUGCUGUUCCUGCAGGCCCGCUGGCGUGCUCAUGGCGGCCUCAGCUCCCACGCCGUGCAGCUGGUGCGGCCAGGCCUGGCCAAGGUGGGCAGCCUGGAGCACGGACGCCCUCUGCACCAACACUGGCUGUGGCCCAGGCCACAGCAGGGCUGCCCUUGGGGAGGCCUAGGCCAAGGGUUGCCUCCACCCCCAGAACUAUACCCGUGGCUGCCGCUCGAGCUGAUCUGCGGUGACAUGCCUGCCACCACCUUAGACCUCUACAGCUUCUGUAUCCUGGCCCAGGAGGUCUUCACUGGAGAGCUGCCUUGGGCUGGGAGAGAGGGGCCUGAGGUGAAGGCCAGGCUGGAGGCAGGUGAGAGCCCGGCCCUGGACCCCCUGGUGCCAGCCCCCUACCAGGCCCUGGUUUGGGCUGGGCUGGGCCUAGUGCCUGCUGACCGCUGGGGCAGCCUGCAGAGUACUCGAUAUCUGCUGCGGGAGGCUAUGGCCCAGGACUCAGCUCCUGAGGUGAGCUCCCUGAUGGAUUGGGCCACGCUGGGCCCCCCAUCCCAGAGCUCCCCACCAGAGACACUGUACUAUGAGGUGGCUUCUAGAGCCAAAACUCCACUCAGACCCAGGCUCCCUGUGGUGCUUCCAGGCCCUAUCCCAUCCCAGGCCCCAGCAACUCCUGAGGCCACAGGCCAUGGCAGCGUCCAGAAGAGCACAGCUUGGAACUCGGGCAGCAGCUUGACGCUGGGCAGCAGCCCCCGGCCCGACCUCAGCCCCUGCUGUCAGCUGCAGUCUCGGGAGACCACAGCCAGGAUCAGCCGCCUGGAGCUCAGCUCAAUGGUAUGGACACCUGCAGGGCCCUAUGUGACUGUCCCCUUGCUGACCUGGGACCCCGCCCCGCUUCAGUCAAGUUCCCUGGAUGCCUCUCCUCCGACGGAUGAGCCCUAGAGACCCUCGCCUGGCCUGUGGCCUCUGGCCAGCCCUGCUUCCCUGCUGGGCCCCAGGGCUCUGGAGAGCAGCUUGAGAGAAAGUUCUCAGCCAAGAUCCAGGCCUUUGGGGGCUGCUGGCAGGGAAGGCCAAGGGGGCAGUUGAGCAGGGGACCCCGAGCCCGUUUCCUGCCCAUCUCACCACCCCAGGCCUGCCCCAAGCCCCCUGGCCACAGGGUGGCAGUGCCAGCCCUUUUCUCCUGCAGGGGCCCAGCGCUGAGCAGCUCGGAGGAGGUCUCUUCUCCAGCCUGCAGAAGUAAGAAACGGGGCCCUGGGGGAGGGGGGAUCCCUGGGCCCCUUUCGUCUCUGAGGUAACCCUAGGUUUACCCCCACCCCACCACUGCCCAGGAUGGAUCUGCUGGAGGAGAUCAUAGCAGAGCUGUGAGGUGGAUGCCAGCCCCGAGAGGCCCAGCCUCGGCCCCACUCCCGACACAGCUUUCUAGGGUGCCCCCCUUCCCCACCACAGAUAUCGCCCCUUAGAGCCUCCUAGGAUCCCUCCCACUCAGCACCUGCCCCAAUUGAAAUAAAGCGAUAA